AUGGGAUCACUAUCAGCCGAGCAGAUUAAAGAUUUCAAGCAAGGAAUUGCUGAAAUUCUUAUGGAUGAAUCAUUCUUAAAACUCUAUGAUCGUAUUGUUCAACUUCAAAUUUUUGAUAGCAAAAACCGUAGUGACAGCUUAGUUGUUGCCACACCACUCAAAACAACUAUUUUCCAUGAUUAUAAUACUUUACGAUUACAAAAUAAUUGCGUGGAAACAGGUGAUAGUGAAACAAUCCGUGUUAAUCCACUUACCGGUGAAAAGUUAGCUUAUAUGCAAAAUAACGUAAGCAUCGCUAUCAGUAAUAACAAUCAAAAUACGGAACUCUCAAAUCUUAUACAAUCAUAUGUAGAGCUAUUGUUACAAGCUUCAUCAUUAUGUAUUCCAUUUAAUGGUACCUCAACCGGUGAUUCAACAAACGAUAAAGAAAGCGAUCGAAAGAUAGCAUCGGAACAUAAAAGAUUAGAAAGUAACGAUACUAAUAAUGUUGAUCGGCAUACUACUGAUAAUAGGGAAGUAAGAAGUGCGCCACGUUCGCAUACCAAAGAAGAAAUUACACGAGCGCAAAAUGAUCCGAUAAAUGUAUCAAAGCGAUUUUAUGAUGGAAGAUGGAGAAAUGAGAAUGGCGAAUUGGAAGCGCUUGAUCUAACUAAAAAACGAACUAAACUAAAUGAAAGCUAA